AGUAAACCUCACGCGACUACGCGUGCGAUUAUUGUUAAACACAAAAAUGGGUUAAAUGAAUAUAUACCAUGAUCACACAAUAAGAGACGCUCAAGGAUCGUAUUGUUAUUGUAAAUAAAUAGUGAUGUUAUAGUUUUCAUAAAAGAGAAAUGUUGGUGCAGUUUUAAUUUUGACACGAUUUCGACUUGAGAUAAUCUUACGCGAGCGGUCAAGACAUGUGGUUAGGUCGUACUCUAUGGCUGUUGUUAUGUUACGUCCAAUAUACUAAGUGCAACAUCCUAGAAGAGUACGAGGAAAUUUCGCGUAAUAUUCUAUACCCUCCAGAAGAUAAAAUAGCUAAUGCUCUGCCCGUCGAAGUGGGAAAAGACCGAUCAUCUGGGUGCAUCUGUAGAAGCACCAAGAACCGUAAAGUUAUUGUUUGUUUUGGGAACUACGAAUGCAAGAAAUUCCCAACGGUAAAUAGACAAAGCGAAAUGCUUGUUGUUAGGACCACAGUUUUACCAGAAGUUCGCGUCGGUGAGUUAGACUACCUAUAUUACUUGAAGGCUUUAAAAAUUGAGGCGAAUCAUCAAUUAAAGUAUUUACAACCAGGAUUAUUUCGUAAUCUCACUACGUUACAGCAACUUUCUAUAUCAUACAACACUGUGCUUCACGUAAUCCUCGAAGGCACGUUUGAUGGUCUGAAAAGCCUUCGAGAUUUAAUAUUGUUAAAUAAUGGCUUUUCGAAUAUAUUACACAUAACACCUGCUUUUCAACCAACGAAAUUACCGUCAUUACGUAAAUUGGAUUUAUCAGAAAACUCCUUCGAAAUGAUCCCGGAAAAUGCAUUUAAAUCUAUGCGAGGUUCUCCUUUGAGAAGACUCGAUAUUAAUUUAUGUCGCCUCGACUUUAUACACCCUGACAGUUUCCUACAUUUAGAAAUGCUUCAAGAACUAAGUAUUGGUGAGAAUGAUUUAAACUCGUCAAUAAUAGGAGAUUUUCUAAUGAGUUUAAAGAGAAAUAACAGAAACCUCACCCAUCUCGAUUUGAAUAGCAUGGGCUUUCGAAAACACCCGCCAAGACGUUUAAUGGAAAUUAUUGCAAAUACGACAGUUGAAAGACUAACUUUAUCUAAUAAUCAAUUUGAAAUUAUAACUGACGAUACAUUUCCAAAAAUGACGAAUGUAAAAGUUUUAGAAUUGCGAGGUGUUAGCGCUUUAUCUAUUGGGCCAAAUGCUUUUGAACCAAACAAAUUUCCAGAUCUCCGUAUUCUUUUAUUAAGUGGAAACAACUUACCUGGAAUACAUUGGAAGCAUAUAUCGAAUCAACAACUCGUCCUUUUAGAUUUAUCAUUAAACAAAGGUACGACUUCGAAUCCUAUGUAUUUUGAAAUCGAUAGAGGAGCGUUUCUAGACUGUCGCGAACUGAGAGUUCUUAAUCUAGCUUUUAAUAGGAUGAAAUCAAUAUUUGACUAUACAUUUAUUGGAUUGGAAAAGUUGAAGAUGUUGAAUCUAGAAAAUGGCACGAUAUUCCACAUCGGCGACGGAACAUUUAAGCCUAUGAGACAUUUAGAAAUACUUAAUUUAGCAAAUAAUCCUUUGACUGCGAAUGAGAAUCUUACGAGCUCUAUGUUCGAAGGCUUAAAUGAAUUGAAAAUAUUAAUACUAAAGAAUUGUGGUAUAAAACAUUUUUACACUGAGGACAAUAUAUUCAAAAUGAUGCCAAACCUCACACAUUUAACAUUAAGGAACAACGAACUGUAUUAUAUAACUCCCGAAUUAUUGAAACCAUUAAAAUAUUUACAAGUAUUAGACUUAAGUGAGAAUCUAUUAAUAUCUUGGUGGAGACCUUUAUUCUUAGCCUCUGGAUUGAAACCUCAUAGCUUAUAUUUAACUGAUAAUAAAAUUUCUCAUUUCACGCUUAGCAUGAUUCAAGACUUGAAUUUCUUACUAGAAAAUAAAGGAAAUUUUACAAUCGAAAUAGACCUAAUGGAUAACGUAUUUAUCUGUGACUGUGCUUCCAUGUACAAAUCGUAUGCCUGGUUACAAGUGAAUGGAUCUACGGCGUUGAAGGAAUACUUUAGACAGUCUAAUUUUCUAUGCAGCAGUCCAGAUAUUUGGGAAGAUAGAAGAGUAGCGGAUUAUUUCUCGUCUAUUAAAAAUAUGCGUUGCUUGGUGUAUGAGAAAAUUUCAAACAUGAUGCUCUUAGUUUGGACAGCACCAUCAGUUGUAACCCUUAUAUUUUUAGCUUUAAUAGUAACAUUUGUAUAUAAAUAUAAAUUGUACAUUACAUAUUGGUUAUUUUUAGCAAAACUAGCUUUAGGAAGAAAAUUUACAAAACAGUCCCAUAAGGCCGAAGGUUUACAGAAAAUUUGUCCAAAAUACGAUGCAUUUGUAUCAUAUUGCAGUGAAGACAGAGAGUUUGUUUCAGAAAUGGUGAAUCAAUUAGAAUGCUCUCCACCUUGCUUGAAGCUAUGUAUUUAUGAGAGAGAUUUUGAAAUAGGUUCGUUUAUCUCUGAAGCGAUAUUAGGUAGUAUAAAAGAAAGUAGAUAUAUAAUUUUAAUUAUUAGUAACAAUUUUGCAAAAUCUCAAUGGUGUCGAUGGGAGACUCAGCUGGCCGAGUAUCAUAGGCUGUUUCUUGAAGACGGCACUUCGUACGAUCCACUGGUGCUAAUAAGAAUAGGAAACGUUGAGAACAAAUAUUUGACAACGACGUUAAAGUUCUUAUUAAAGACCAAGAUAUAUUUGUCAUGGGACGAACGGCGAUCGGAAGAAUUUUGGCAGAAAUUAAGAAGUGUCAUUGUUAAAAAUUGAUGUUUUUUACAAUAAAA